AUGGUCGAACGCUGCCUAAUUGCAGCUUCUCUGGCAGCGUUGGUGUGCCAUCCAAGCUCCACCAUCAAGUGUUUCAAACCCAGGCCAAAACCCACAUCCCCACAACAAGAACAACCAAAAGGCAACCCUUCUCCUCCGCCGCAAGGGGCGAAACGACGUGACGUGAUUGCCAAGGAAGUGCCCUCAAAAUCCAAGGUAAAACCAUGCCCCAAGGGAGGUUCUUCAUCUCCAAGUCAGUCGAAAAAGAGCGCAAAGAAAACAGUCGCGACACGGAUUAAUGCGGUCUCGGAGCUUGUCAGCGGAGACCCUUGGAUCGGCGUUGUGGAGGAUAUUUUCCGGUGUAGUUGGGCGGGUGAAAUAGGCCUCAAAAUUGAGAGGGUGUUGAGGGUGAAUCAUAGUUUGGAUGUUCUUCAUAGGUUUGAAGAGUAUAGGAAAGUGGUGAAAUCCAGGUAUGAAAAGGGUCGGAUUCUCAAGAGGAUGGAGAGGUUGGUGGUUGAUGGGAAUGAGCUACUGCAAUUCCAUGGUGGCACCAUUACAUGUUCGCUAGGGAUCAAUGGAUUCUCAAGUAUUUGUCAUCGAAAGUGCUGCCAAGUUUGCAGAUUAAUAGCCGGUGAGUUUACCGGUGAAGGGCUGAUAUCGUUGUUCGACAACAGUUGGAAGGCGCAUGAGAAGAUGAGCAAGGAAUGUGCAGGGAAAGGAGUGUGUGCAAGUGCAAGGAAGGCUAUUGUGAUGUGCAGAGUGAUUGCAGGGCACAUUGCUCAUUACUAUGCACAUGGACAUGGAAGGUGGUCAUUCAUGGAUAACGAAGAGGGCGAAUUUGAUUCUGUCGACUGGACUGCGGAUCAAUUUAGGGAAUCGAAAGAACUCGUUGUUUUGAAUUCGGAGGCAGUGCUUCCAUGCUUUGUGAUCAUAUAUAAUGUCAAAAAUAAAAAUCUUCCAUGA